UCAUAUAGUUGAGUUACUCAAUCUUUCAUCGUUUCUUAUAAUAACAUAUCGAAGAAUAACAAGAAAAAAAAGGCAAUCCACGAGGUUUAUUUUUUUUUGAAUCAUUCUCAUUCAGUUUUGAAAAAAUUAUUUCAUCAAUACCAAUGUCGAGUAUGUGUCUUCUCGAUUUUCCAGUCGAAAUUCUUCAUCAUAUCUUUGAUUAUCUUAACACUUACAACUCUCAAUUUGAGAGAUAAUGAAUUGAGCAGCAACGGAACAGAAUAUCUGGCUAAUGCAUUACAAAAAAACACAGUCAGUUUCUAUAUAGAUUUGUUUCUGAUAUACUUAUAUUUGUUUAGACACUUCGUAUACUUAAUCUUCAACUCGAUCAUAUUGAUGAUAAUGGAGCAGAAUAUUUAGCAAAUACUUUGAUGACUAACACAACACUUACUACACUCUAUCUAUGGAAUAAUCAAAUAAGAAGUACAGGAGCACGGUAUCUUGCUAAUGCAUUACAAAAGAAUACAACAGUUAUCACACUCGAUCUUGGACGCAAUCAAAUAGGCACUGCUGGAACAAAAUAUUUAGCUGAUAUGUUACGAAUAAAUUCAACUCUUACGACACUUAGUUUAUGGGACAAUGAAAUCAAAGUAAAAGGAGCUGAAUAUUUAGCUGCUGCAUCGAAAACUAAUAAGACACUGACUACUUUGGAUAUGGGAUUUAAUCAAAUUGGUGAUAAUGGAGAACAAUAUUUAUUAGAUAUAUUACACACUCAUAAGACACUAAUAACACUUAAUUUGAACAACAACCCUUUGAUCUUUACUUGA